AUGUCGCCCCAGGAAUUCAUCAACUCGCCCAAACACGGCUCGGCCACUCUCAUCCCCUUUGAUCCCAACAGCGAGGCCCAGUGCAAGCGGCUGUACGAGCAGCGCCUGGCGUGUACGUGGGAUUACGACUUGAUUGAGGAGUGGAGGGCCAAGGUGCGCGAGGGGACGAAAUUCAUGUACUGGAUUGUGAGUUUCAAUUGUGUGAGAGUGGGAUUGGGAGUGAAGGGAGCUGACAAGGAGACGCAACAGACAAUCAACGAUGAGGUACCUGAGAAGGACGACUUUCUGGCCAAGCACGUUGAAAGAUUUCCCAAAGAAAAAGAAGCCAUCGUCGACACAGCGGAAACUCUGGGCAACUCGUCGAGGACACCGACGUUGAUCUCCUUCAUCCCCAUCGGCCACAUUGCCCUCGAACUGUACCCGGAGCGCCAGGAGCAGUAUUCCCUGCCCGACUCCACGGUCUGGAUCAAGUCUCUGUACAUUUCAUGGGCCAUCCAAGCCGGCGGCUUCGGCCGCUCCGCAAUGCACCAGCUCGAGCGCCUCGCCGGCCUCCCUCCCCUCAACGCAACCGUCAUGGCCCUCGACACGACGACGAAAAAGUUCCAGACCACCCCCGAGAGCAUCGCCAUCGUCAACAAGAUCCGUGGCUCCGAGAUUGCCAGCGCCGAUUUCCGCUCCAACGAGGAGUGGUACGCGCGCCAGGGGUACGACAUCAUCUGCUAUGUGGACGAGAUGUACAAGUGGGUGGACCAGGAGACGGGGAUUGCGGUUUCGGUGCCGUCGGUGUUUAUGAAGAAGCAGCUUGUUUGA